AUGUUUCCCUGGUUUAGUACAGCUGAUAUGCUAUUAACAACAACAACAAAUAGAAAAUAUACAGAAAACAAUAUAUCAACUUUAAAUUUGGAUUUUGCAAAUAUAUGUGCUGAACAGUUAAAAUUUAUACUCGAAUCUCAAUGUUAUAACGGAAAUAAUGUCACAUUUCUACAUUCACCAUUCAUCAAACCAUCACCACCCGUUCGUAUAUCACCACCACCAUUGUCCAGUGAUGAUGAUGAUGAUUCUAACAGUGAAUUAUCAACAUCAUCUUCAAAAAUUAAAAUUUCACUCUCAUCUGAAUUUUUACCACCUAAAACAACAGUAGUUAACGAUAAAGAAGAACAAACCGAAUUACUUGAUGACAAUAGUAGCACAACCAAUGCUUAUAGAUGUCGAGAAUGUGAUAAAUAUUUUUCAACAGCUCAUGGUCUCGAAGUUCAUGCACGACGAACACAUACCGGUUUACGACCAUAUUCGUGUGAUUUAUGUCAAAAAACGUUUGGUCAUUCGAUAUCGUUACAACAACAUCGUCUUACACAUUCACAACAACGGUGUUUUCAAUGUAAAACAUGUUUCAAAUGUUUCAAACGUUCUUCAACAUUAUCCACACAUUUACUUAUUCAUUCUGAUACACGACCCUAUUCAUGUUCCUAUUGUGGAAAACGUUUUCAUCAAAAAUCCGAUAUGAAAAAACAUACGUAUAUACAUACAGGUAAGAAUUUCGAAGUAAAUCGUCCUCUUAAUUGUACUAUUUUGUAUAGAGAGCUUAACAUUUCUUCUUACUCUUUCUAAAGCUAAGAAAAAGUGAAAGUCAUUUUGUUAUAUCUCUGAGUCUUAUAUGCACACAAUCUACCAGUUGACAUGUGCGUUCGACUUCACCUUCAAUACUCCUUUCUCAUGUAACAAUUUCGCAAAACAUUUGGAAGAACGAUAUGUUCUUUGUUUCAGUUGCUUAUAGAAUUUUCGAAUUCAAGUAAACGUAUCGUUUCAACAUGUAGUCUGAUUUCAAAAUUUUCACCAUAACGAUUUAAAUUGUAUAGAUCCUUUUUAAUUGAGAUUUCUACUUUUACCACAAUUAGUAGAAGAAAUAAAUACAGAAAAGAUCUCGGAAAAAUGUC